AUUCUGCGCUGGAAAUUUAAAAGGAAAUUUAUCAGAAUUAUUCUUAUUUUUCUUUGUAUCUCUUUCGGAUUGGUGACAGUAUUAACCAACAGUAAUGGAGCAAUCAGCAGCUGUCACCAUGAUCACCGGCUUCAAGAGUAUGGCUGCUGAUCCAGUCAAGAGGCAGUUCCUGGCGAGUGAUUCCACUUGUGUUGGUGGCCUUGUGAUGGUGCUGUCUAACCAAGAUGUAAAUGUGGUCAAAAUGGCAUUGGAGACUCUAGACCUUCUCUCAGAGUGUGCUGAACAGCUGCCUUUCCUCUCCAGCUUCAUGGGUAUUCAUGAACAGUUACAAAGUGUCAUUGACAAGGAGGAUUACAACUGCGAAGUCCAAGACCUUGCCAAGAAGCUAAAAACCAUCUUUACAAGGCAUCUCACACCUCUCAAAGAAACUGCAUCAGGAAAUGACAUCCGUACCACACCAAUACAGACAUCUCGCAGACACAAUAAAAACUUCUUCUUCGCUGGUCAGAUUGGGAAGUCUAAGAAAAUCAUCCUCCAGAUUCAGGGAUUAACAGAUAAAGCCGACUUGGAAGUGUGUCGCAAUAACUUCUUACGAAUCAAGGGCUUGAUCAGCGUCACAUUUGAUCUGUCUAAGAAGAGGUCCAUCAUCAGAGCAAAAGCUGAAGUCACACCUGAGUCCCUUGUUCAUGCUGUUGGAAUGAGUGGAACCAUGUCUGCCGUCCAAGUUGUGCGUGACGAUGAGGGAAAAGAGAAAUUCAUAGUGUUUGGUGCAUGUGCUGCUGAAGUUGAAAAAGAAAACCAUGAUCUUCCGGAGUACCUCCCUGAUGAAGCUAGUCCAGUACGAGUGGAGACCAAACCGAUGACACGGUUAGGUGGCGCGCCACAGAAUGGCAAUGGAUGGUUAUCAAAGGCAGCUGGCUUCCUCACUAAUUCAUUCUACUGGUGAUAGAUGGGAGUAGUGUUGGUGGUAGGCUCAGUCAAGGACAAUCUGUACAGCUUGGUUUGGAAAGAACUUGUUUUGGAUGGUUUAUGCUGUGGAUGUAGCAGUGGAGACUAAGAGACUUAGUGAGGACUCCCCAGAUUGGUCACAAUGAUCGAAUGGUGGUGGUGUUUUGGUGGGAAUUUAAAUAUGAAAAGGGAUACAAUGAGAGGCUCAUUGGUUCAUUAGAUGGGGUUCAAGGCCCGUCUUGUGUGAGUGGCAAAUGUACA